GUUUACAAGGGGUAUUUAUUAGCAGCAGUCUCCCCCUACUGUCACACAGCUUCACGGUCUGGCCGAGCGAAUAUAGUGAACUGGCUGCAGCUGGUAGAAGGCAUUUGUUGACAUUUCGUCUUUGACAGCCGGCCGGAGACACCUCUCCUCCGUAAAACAUCUUCAGCUGCCCACAAAGCGCAGUACGGGCUUCUUGUUGGCUGUCUGGGCGGAGGGAGGAGGAAGAAAUAAGCGAGCAGAGACGUCGUUUGGGGUUUUCUUCAAAGAGCCAGAAGCAGAGCAGACCCUGAUUGGAGAGGGAAUUACAACCACAGUUCCAGCCACACAGACUCUCUUCGCCUAGAUCAUGGAGCCCUCAGUUCUUCAUCUACUCUCCUCAAUCUUCCUUCUGUCUCUCCUCAUCCCCACUUGCUUUUCCCAGGCUGAGGCUGACUUCAUUGUUCAGACUCGUACUGGUCGAGUUCGAGGCAUUCGCCUGCCAGUUCCAGACCGGAGCUAUGUCACCGCUUUCAUGGGCAUCCCCUUCGCUGAGCCACCGGUAGGGAGGAGGCGUUUUCGUCCUGCUGAGCCCAAGCGUCCAUGGACUGGGGUGUAUGAUGCUAACGACUACCACAGUGCCUGCUACCAGUUUGUGGACACAUCAUAUCCUGGUUUCCCGGGCAUUGAAAUGUGGAAUCCUAAUAGAGAAAUGAGUGAGGACUGUUUGUACCUCAAUGUUUGGGUGCCUUCCUCACCCAGACCCCACAAUCUUACCGUCAUGGUGUGGAUCUACGGUGGAGGGUUCUACAGUGGUUCUUCUUCUCUGGACGUAUAUGAUGGUCGUUAUCUAGCUCACAGUGAGACAGUUAUUGUGGUUUCAAUGAACUACCGGAUUGGUGCCUUUGGAUUUCUGGCUCUGCAUGGGUCCUCUGAAGCUCCUGGCAAUGUGGGUCUGCUGGACCAGAGGAUGGCACUACAGUGGGUCCAAGACAACAUCCAUUUCUUUGGUGGAAACCCCAAACAGGUGACUAUAUUUGGUGAAAGUGCUGGUGGUGCUUCGGUAGGAUUUCAUCUAUUGUCUCCAGACAGUCGGCCUAUUUUCACAAGGGCCAUCCUCCAGAGUGGGGUCCCCAAUUCUCCCUGGGCCUCAGUCAGCCCUGCUGAGGCCCGUAGACGUGCGACGCUGCUGGGAAAGCUGGUUGGGUGUAAUGGAGGCAACGAUACUGAGCUUGUAGACUGUUUGCGCAGCAAAACUCCACAAGAAUUAAUUGACCAGGAAUGGCAGGUUCUGCCAUGGUCAGCUCUCUUCCGAUUUUCAUUUGUGCCUGUUGUGGAUGGCGAGGUUCUACCCGACACACCAGAGGCAAUGCUCAGCUCAGGCAACUUUAAAGAUACUCAAAUCCUCCUUGGAGUCAACCAGGAUGAGGGCUCCUAUUUUUUGCUGUACGGAGCCCCAGGCUUCAGCAAGGACAAUGAGAGUCUAAUCUCCAGAGAGGACUUCCUGGAAGGUGUUAAGCUGAGCGUACCACAUGCUAAUGAUAUUGGCCUGGAGGCAGUGGUUCUGCAGUAUACUGACUGGAUGGAUGAGAAUAACGGGAUGAAAAACCGUGAUGCCAUGGAUGACAUUGUAGGCGACCACAACGUUAUCUGCCCACUGGCCCACUUUGCUCGCUCCUAUGCCCAACACAACAUCCUCAAGGCUAACAUGGGAGGGCCUGGCUUCGGGAUGAUAAACAGUGGAGGGAACUCACAAGGUGGAAUCUACCUCUACCUUUUUGAUCAUCGGGCAUCCAACCUGGUCUGGCCAGAGUGGAUGGGUGUGAUUCAUGGCUACGAGAUUGAGUUUGUCUUUGGUCUGCCACUGGAGAAGAGACUCAACUACACCCUAGAGGAGGAGAAACUGAGCCGACGAAUGAUGAGAUAUUGGGCCAACUUUGCACGGACUGGAAAUCCAAAUGAAGGGCUGGCAGACAGAGGGAAACGCUGGCCUGUGUUCACUGUCAGCGAACAGAAACAUGUGGGCCUCAACACAGAACCACUGAAGAUCCACAAAGGUUUGCGGAACCAGAUGUGUGCUUUCUGGAACCGUUUCCUGCCUCGCCUCCUCAACAUUACCGACAACAUAGAUGAGGCAGAGCGUCAGUGGAAGGUGGAGUUUCACCGCUGGUCUUCCUACAUGAUGCACUGGAAGAGUCAGUUUGACCACUACAGCAAGCAGGAGCGCUGCACUGACCUCUGAGAGCCUGAGCAGAGAGAUGAGAAAAUGACAAGGAUGGGGAAUGCUGAAAGAACAAGCUGUGGCCAUUUUCCUCCAUAAUCCCUCUGUGAAGUCUGACUUCUUUUUGUUAUGUUUUCUGUUUCACAACACACGUAAACACAGGCACUGUUGAUCUUUAUUUAUCUAAUUUAUACUAUUUAUUGAUGUGAUGUUUUUUGGAAUUUGUGUCUGCGUGGAAGUUCAGGACUAUGGAGGGAACUUGUCAUCAGCACGGAGGAAUAUUAGAAAUGUCAAAGAUGUGUCAUUACCUCGAGUGUGUGUGUAUGUGUGUGUGUUUGUGUGUGUAUGUGGCUUGGAAGCCCCGUAGUGUAAGUCAGACCUUAAUCAGCCCAUGGCACUGCAGGUUGAUUGUAAAAUCACUUGUCUUUGUGGUCAUCUCAUCAUACUCAGCUUUUGUUUUUUGAGGAUUCCUUCUUUCUAACAUAUCAGGUUUUUGUUUUUUGGACUCAAGACCACUGUUUAUGUGUCAGGUUUCUGUCCUUCCAGUCUUGUUCUUAUUUACUGGUACUGUUGUAACCAAUAUUCCCAUUACUUGUCAUGCAUUUUCUGUGUGUUUUCCAUUAGUUAAAGCCAUAAAUUGCAUUGAAUCCAAGUCUUUCCUUGUGUUAAAAGGCUCCAUAAAACCUUACACUCCUUCAGUUUUCACCAGUGUUAAGAAAACUACUUUAUGUUAGCUCGGUGUGGCAUCUAGGUUUGUAUGUUGGAUUAUUCCAUUUCUACUGUAGAUAGCGUAAGACGUUCAGACUAACUGACUGGUGCCUAAUUCACAUUACAUUUCAGAAGUUCACUUUCGCUCAGACUGACAGUUGAAUAGAAACAGAAACAAAUCACGCUAACGUUUAUGGUCCUCCGCUUUGAGUGGGCUUACACCUCAGUCCUUCUAAAAUCUCAGCUGUGGUCUGUGUGGGUCAUUACUACUAACACCUGUACUGAAUUAUGUGUGUAUGCACAUGUGUGAUUGUGUAUGUGUUAUCUUAGACGUGUGUGUGUGUGUGUGUCAUUCACUCUUUGUCAUGUACAGCUGUCAUGUAUCUCAUUAACAUUUCUGCGUGUACGGCAGUCAUCCCUCUGUUCAUUCCAAUCCUCACUGCUUCAAACCCGUCCUGUUAUUUAUCUUUCCAUGCCUUUUCCUUCUCUCAUUCGUCCUCCCUAUUUAUUCCUCUCCACAUGUGACCUUUCCCUAUUUACUUCCUGUCCCUUCUUUUUCCACACAUUUCAAACCCAUCUUCUAUUCAUACUCUGUCUCUUCUGUUCUCCUCUUCUCCUCCUGCUGUUCCUCUCCCUCUGUUGUCCCCCUGUUGUGCAGCCCCUCGCCUUGCUUUCCACCUCUCCAUCUUUCUUUCCUUUAAUCUUCCUGUCCCUACUCUGGCUGUCAUCUCCAUCUCUAAUCAACCUCCACCCACCCUCCUGUCUUUCUUACUCUAUUCCUUUCAUCCUUCAGUCCCUCAUCACUCUUCUUUUUUUCCACUCCACCGUACUUCUCUUAGCCUUUUGCCAUUUCUUUUAACUCCGACCCAUUUAACUUUUCUCUUCAUUUUUCUUCAGCUCCUUCCCCAUCCUACUCAGCUGCAUCACUCUUUGCCUUCCUCCCUCUCUGCUCUCCAUCCCUGCCCCCUCUCCUAUCUCGCUCCGUCCUCUUGCUUUCUUGUUAGUCUAAUGGACGCAGAGUAAUUCACUCAGCAGCAAGAUAAUGUGACAGAGCGCUGGCUCAGCCUCUGGCCUGCCAGCCAACAGGAAUGAUGGAUAGAUGGAUGGAAAAUGGAGGUAAAAAGGCAGAGAGAGGAAAAGACGAGAGCAGAGAAAUGGGCAUAGCAGAAGGAGAGGUGGAGAUAUGAUGGAAAGAUAAAAAGACAGUCAGAGAAAUACACUUACAUAACUAUAGAAAUACUGUAUGUGUAUUUGCAGCUUACACGUAUUACACAUGAGGCUCUAAUAAUGUGACAAAGCAUUCAGAUUGAUUCAAUUCAUCUGGCAAUGACAGAAAAUAAUAGUCUUUCCCAGCUGAAUUGAUGAAUCCUGCCAGGCCUUUACAGGGUCCCGCCCAGGAUUUGAUUGCUUUCUCUUCAAAGUAUAGCUUUUUAUCUUUUAACACAGUCGUAACACAUUUUGAAACAUCAGUGACUUCAGUGGUAAGGUUUACUAACAUACAAAUAAAAAGACAAAUGCCUAAAGGUUUUCUCCAUUUUAUUUAUGGACUUUUGGUCAGAAAUAAAACAGAAUUUCAGUCAUGUCAAAAGUUUAACAAAACACUUGAAUCAAAAGCUUCCUCAGCUGGCCCCCAAGUUGGCCAUAACCUCCUACUGUGCUGAUGUUUUGGUCUUAUUUUGAUGUCUUCAGAACCCUGAAAGUCCUGAAAGAUGAUUUUGUACAUAUCAUAUGUAGGAAUGUACAUAAGAUAUGGGCAUAAAAGUAGUUAGUGCAUGCAAGUUCCAUAUGCUAGAAGUAUGUUAUUAUGUUGCUGGAGCAAGAUAGUUUACUUCACAAGUUGUUGUCUUGUGUGCAUAAGACCCACGUUGCUCCUUCGGUAACCUCAUGGAACAAGAUCAUUUACAUAGCAGCUUAUGUCUUUCGUGAACAUGUCUCAUAUUCUGGACACUCGGAUGACGACUUGUCUAUAUGCUGUGUCACAAGUUACUAUGUGGUGGUAACGUAAAAAUUCCCUUCACAAGUAUUUUUCUUGCAAGAACAAAAUCUCUAUGUCGUGCACACAGAAUGAUAAUAAUUGUGCACUUGAGUUAUCUAAUCUUUCUUGGUGUAAAAUAUAGAAUAAUCUUACAGGACUUUGGGGCCUCUAUUCUGAACAGAAUGCUGCCUUCACAAUCAAACCUGAGUGUUUGAAUCAUUUGUCUGUCUACCACCCAGGUCAUCCCUGUGUGUGUGCGUGUGUGUGCCUGUGUGUGCGUGCGUGCGUGUGUGUGCGUGUGUGUGGUGGCACUGUACUUUCGGUUAGCCUCUUUGCCAGUUUUAUUUAAGUACUGGGAGGUAACUGAAUUUGCGCUCUGAUUGGCUGAUGGCUGUCCCAGCAAAAUGUCUCUGUUGGCAUGUGAAGCUCCUAUUUAUGGCUCAGCGUUGUUUAGUUUAGCUUUAAAAAGAACUAAAUAUGAUAAAAAAGGAUUGUACCUGAUGUCCAAAAUACUUGUGAAGAAUGCAUGUGUGAAAGGCUGUGUGAAUGACAGCCCCUUCAGCUCCUCUCAUCCAAUGGGAGACCCUGUUUAAGCCCCACCCUUUUCCCUUGCCUUCCUAUCAAGUCCUUGUGCAUGUCCUGAAAUCCACCAUCCCCAGUAUAUCCUAAAAAACCUGGACUGUUAUUUUCUGUAAAAUUUGUACUUUUCAACAAAACUAUUAUCAAAGCAAGUAAUAUAUCUCUAUUGUUAGGUAUGUUUGAUGUUAGCAAUAACAUAAAUACUUCAGUAAAGGAAUAUAUUUGAUAUUUAAAUGCAGUGAAAAUAUAAUGUGAUUAUACAGCAAUGAUGAUGGAUAGAGGUUGUGUUUUAAAAGCAAUAUUAUUCUAAGUAUAAACUACAAAUGAGUGCCAUAAACAUUUUCUUGUAUCUUUUGUUUGACUUUGUUUCAGUCCUCUGCCUCAUCAUUGUUUGUUCCAGUCACUAGUACUAUAAGUGUUGAAGGCUUCUGUAGCUUCCUAGUAUGUCUCUGUGUAUUAUGAAUGCUGACUUGGUUAAGCUAUAGCAACAGAAAUAAAGACACCCUGCUGCUUCCGUC